AUCCUCGUACAAAAUCCAUAACACUUCUUGGUACUAUUCGUACUUCCAAAAUUAACGAAUCCCAUCAAGCGAUCCUUAUAUUUGAAAAGCUUCAUUUUGAAAAUUGUGAACAUGAAAUCUUGACAGCUCAACGGAUUGAUCAAUUGACUGAGUUAGAUAAAAAUGAUAUUUACCAUUGGUACAGGGGGAUCUUUCAUAAAGAUAAAAAAUGGCCAGAUUUUAAAAUCACUUUGAUUUGGCCUGCUACUGAAACUCAUAUUAGAAAGUAUAGUCUCCAGCAACGUUACUUGAUUCGUGAAACUCCGCAAAUUUACGAGAUGUUUGUGAAACCGUUUAUCAAGUCAGUUCCUGCGAGCAGAAUUCAAUGGGUUUAUAAUAUUUUACAAAAAAAAAGUGAAGUUGAAAAGAUUAUUUUCGAAGUUGAUGAUGAAGAAAAAGGGUUUAUCUUACUUCCGGAUAUAUCCUUAAGAGAUUUGAAUGAAUCCCAUUUACCGUUGUUAAAAAACUUGAAAAAUAAUAUACUUGAAAUUGUGCCACAACGAUUUCCUGGUGUCGGAGCUGAUGAGCUACGACUAUUUGUACAUUAUUUACCUUCCUAUUAUCAUUUCCAUGUUCAUGUUACCCAUAUUCGUCAUGAUACCAUUGCUGAGGGCAUUUCAAUCGCCAAGGCUUAUUUAUUAGAUGAUAUAAUUGACAAUAUCGAAACAUUUGCCGGUGAUUAUUAUCAACGGUGUACACUUACGUAUGUAAUUGGUGAGAAUGAUGAAUUAUUUCCAAAGUUAAGUGAA